AUGUACCCUGCAACUAGCUUCACUGAGACCCCCUCUUCAGCCAUCUGCAAGAUGUUUCGGUUUGAGAACUACCAGCGCAUCCAGGCUUUGAGAUUUGCAGUGAAGGAGAUUAACAAUGACCCAGAUCUUCUACCCAACAUCACCAUUGGAUUCCAGAUCUUGGAUUCUUGCGCAGUUUUGCAAAGGGCUCUCUCUGGGACACUGCAGCUCCUGACUGGCCACAAAGAGCCUGUGCCUAAUUACCGGUGCCAACAAGCUGUGCCUUUAGCCGCUAUCAUUGGUCAUUCCAUGUCUACAUAUUCCAUGAUGUUAGCCUAUAUCUUAGGGCUUUACCAAUACCCACAGAUAAGCCACUAUUCCACCAGCUCCCUCUUAAGCGACAGAACCCAGUUCCACUCCUUCUUCAGGACUGUUCCCAGUGAUGCUUUUCAGUCUCAAGGUUUAGCCCAGUUGGUGUUGCAUUUUGGAUGGACCUGGGUGGGACUAGUAGCUUUAGACAAUGACUAUGGACAACAAGGCAUCCAGAUGAUUAAGAGAGAUUUACUAAAUGCUGGAGCUUGCCAAAAUCGUAAUGCCCCACAGAUUGCUCGUGUCAUAAAGGAAUCAACGGCCAAGGUGGUGGUUUUCUUCUCCACUGAUUGGGGCUUAUUGUUUGUCCUGGAUGAAAUGCUAAGGCAGAACAUAUCUGAGAAGAUACUGGUUGCCAGUGAAGCUUGGGCUACGUCUGUUUUUCUAGCAGAUGACAAAUAUUCCGAGAUUCUCUCUGGUACCAUCGGAUUUGCACUCCACAGUGGAACAAUACCUGGAUUUAAAGACUUUCUCAACAGUAUUCAUUUUUCUUUAUCACUUGAUGAUGAAUUGCUAAAGAUAUUUUGGGAACAAGCCUUUGGUUGCCAAUUUCAGGAUCAGGCUAACACCACAGUCACUUCAGAGUAUUCAGUAAAAAUUUGCACUGGAUCUGAAGAUUUGAGAAAUAUCCAAAAUAGUUACAAUGAUGUGUCUAGUCUAAGAGUCACCUACAACAUCUACACAGCUGUCCGUGUCGUGGCUAAAGCUCUGCAUGAUUUGAGCAGAUGCAAUGAAGGGGAAGGGCCAUUUUCUAAAGGAACAUGUGCUUACAUUCGAAGAUUUGAACCAUGGCAGGUACGCCUGAAAACAGGCAGUGGAACAGAGUUCGCAUUUCAUGAAAAUGGCGACCCCACCGCCGUAUAUGAUAUCAUUAACUGGCAGUUUAGCCCACUGGGAAAGAUCCAGCAGGUUAAAGUGGGAAGCUAUGACACGGGAGCCACGGCCGGUGAUAUUUUCACUGUUAAUAUCAGUGCCCUACACUGGAGCACGGGGCAGAAAGAGGUUCCUGGGUCCAUCUGCAGUCAGAGUUGCCCACCAGGUUACAGUAAAGCAGUUCUUCCUGGGAAGCCUGUUUGUUGCUUUGAGUGUUUCCCUUGUCCCCACAGUGAAAUUUCCAAUAAAACAGAUUCACCAUAUUGCUUCAAAUGCCCCUGGGACAUGUGGCCAAAUAUUAAGAGAGAUAGCUGCCUCCCAAAGCCCAGAGAAUUCUUCUCCUAUGAAGAUUCCUUGGGGGAAACCUUGGCAACAACAAGUAUUUCCUCCUCGUUGGUCCCUUUUGCCAUACUGGUGCUUUUCGUUCACUACAAAAUGACACCCAUUGUUCGAGCCAAUAAUUAUCUACUAAGUUGUCUUCUUCUGGUGUCCCUGUCUCUCUGCUUUCUAUGUUCAUUGUUUUUCAUUGGCUACCCUCACCCGGAGAUGUGCCGUCUGCGCCAGGUGACCUUUGGCAUGGUCUUUGCCCUCUGCAUCUCCUGCAUCUUGGCCAAAACUUUUAUGGUGGUCGUAGCUUUUAAGGCCACUAAACCAAACAGUAGCUUGAAAAAAUGGACUCGUCCUCGAAUAUCUUAUUUGAUUGUUGUUCUGUGCAUUCUCAUUCAGACUUGUCUUUGCACGAUGUGGCUGCUCUUAUCCCCUCCGUUCUUUGAGGAGAACAUUAGAACUAAAGUUGGAGUAGUCAUUGUUGAGUGUAAUGAUGGUUCCUCAGUAGCAUUCUGGUGCAUGCUGGGAUACCUUGGACUAUUAGCAUCCGUUAGUUUCUUUGUUGCCUUCCUGGCCAGGAGACUCCCUGACAGCUUCAACGAAGCUAAAUUUAUCACAUUCAGCAUGGGGACUUUUCUCAGUGUUUGGAUCUCCUUUAUCCCUGCCACAAUGAGUGCCCGUGGUAAAUACACCGUGGCCAUGGAGAUUUUUGCCAUCCUUUCAUCCACAUGGGCACUGGUGGUUUGUAUGUUUCUUCCAAAAUGUUUCAUUAUCUUGUUCAGACCGAACAUGAACUCCAGAGAACAUCUGAUGGGAAAGGAAAAAAGGAGAUCUGAGAAACAAGCAUGUAAACAAAAUAAUACAUCUGGAAGACACUAAACAUCCAAGCAGCCUUAGUAAUGCCACAGUGUGCCCUCAAACUCUUUCCAACCUUGCCUAUUGGGAUCAGUGAUAUUAUCAGGCAUCUGUAUCUUAUGGUAGGACUGGCCAAGCAUAAAUUGUUGGCUGCUAGUUACCCUUUGUCUUUAUUUCCAGCUAU